AUGGCAAGUGCCCUCCCGCGCCGUAUCGUCAAGGAAACUCAACGGCUGCUUGCGGAGCCUGUUGCUGGUAUUAGUGCAACACCAUAUGAAGACAAUCUUCGUUAUUUUCAAGUGGUGAUUGCUGGUCCACAGUCGUCACCUUACGAGAAUGGAAUCUUUAAACUCGAGCUCUUCCUGCCGGCUGAUUACCCCAUGGCACCACCAAAGGUGCGCUUCUUAACGCGCAUCUAUCAUCCCAAUAUCGACAAGCUUGGCCGGAUCUGUCUUGAUAUACUCAAGGACAAGUGGUCGCCUGCUCUGCAAAUCCGCACAGUGCUGCUUAGCAUCCAGGCGCUGUUAUCGGCACCAAAUCCGGAUGAUCCACUGGCGAACGACGUCGCGGACCAUUGGAAAACGGACGAGGUCGGUGCUGUGCAAAUGGCUGCAGAAUGGACGCGUCGCUAUGCUUAA